AUGGCUGAGUCUAACAAUGCCAAAGCUACGCCAUUAAAAUUCUUCUUUACAAAUGGCAACAAGAAAGUCAAGAAAACGUCGAUGAUUGGCAAUGAUCUGCUCGCCAUCGGGCUCGCCUCGAUUCACCACGAAAACACGUGCCCGGAAUUGACGGGCCGGGUGACGGGCACGGCAAUUAAAGUCAUCGAUAUCAUGAAAAGCGCGACGGAACUCUGGGAAACGCUACGAAUCGGGAUUGCCGAAGUGACGACAACCGAUUUCAAAGCGAUCUCAUUCUGGAUUUCCGGCCCGACUCCGCUCAAAAGCGAGAAGCUGUUCCUGGAGCUCGACACGCAGGGCCUGGGCGGUCUUCCAGCGUCCUGCCAUGGGCACGGGAUGCAGGUGGCGGAUUAUGUCGACAAAGCCUGGAAGCAGACUCGGGAUGCAUUGACGACCAAGCUAAAAGAUCUCGCCAAGACACACCAGGAUGGCUACGAUCUGGUGCUCCAAGGACACUCGAUCGGUGAAUUUUCGAACUUUGCGGUGGCGGUGAGCAAGGCGUUGGGGGUGGCGGUCAGGUUCUACGAGCUGGGUGAUGUCGAGAUGGAGCAUCCCCCGCUGAACGGGGAAUAUAAGGAAGUGACGCCCAUCUACCAAGCAACUCCGGCAGGGUAUUAUCAUUCUGGGAAAGCGGCCGUCAUCGACCAGCUCGGCUACACCAAUACAUAUUGUGAUGAAGAAGACGCUCUUUGUGCCCAAAAAGUAAAAUACGACGGCGGUAACCCGCAUCGUUUCGAGGGUCGCGAGAAGGUACUCUCGGGGGAAGAGUGCUUCAUCAAGAAAAGAGCCGAGCUGCAAAAGCUAGCCGAUAGGGACACCAGCUGGCGGUCGAUCUACAUCGCCACGCUGAUGAUGGCGAUGGCUGGGAUCAACAUGAGCAUUCUUUUCAUGGCACUGUGGCCCUAUAUGCAAAUGGCCAACCUCAGCUUCGGGUGGUGGGCCCAGAAGACGAUGAAGACGGCGCAUCCGCUAAUUUUUGGGUUCAGCAUGGCCGCGCUGGGCAACCUCAUCUACGCGAUCCUCCCCAUGCUCCCCGGUGAUAUUACUUUACCCUUGAUGCUGGGUGCAAGAGUAUUAACCGGAUUCUGUACUGGCUGCCUCGGCGUCCUCCGCUCCUUCGUCGCCAUGUGCUCAAAUGCUAAGGAUCGACUCAAAGCUAUGGCCACGCUGAGCACCGGGCUUACGAUCGGCCUAUCGAUCGGCCCUGUCAUCCAGAUGUGCUUCAUGCCCAUCGGCCCGGACGGGUUGAGCAUCUUCGGGGUCCGCUUCAACCAGUACACAACGCCUGGGUUCUUCAUGACGGCCGUCAGCCUGUUCUGCGUCUUCCUGCUUGUCACCUGGUUCGAGGAGAAUUAUGUGGGGAUUAUUUCGGACGACGAGAAGAUGAGCAACCCCUGGCUGGUCAUCCCGAAAUUCGACCGACCGGCCGUGCUGGUGAUGUUCUACCUGUGGUGCUUGUUGAUGACGAUCGCCACGUCCUUCUACUGCGUGGCGACCCCGAUGGCAAUGUCGAUGUACGGCUGGUCGAGCGAGGAGGCCGUCACGUACAACGCGUUGCUACAAACUGUUUCUUGCAUUUUGUCGGCGGUGACGAAUGCGCUGCUGGCGAAAACGCGACUUGGACAUAUGGAUCGUCGUCGUCAACUCAUCGCUGGCCUGACGUUGUUCUUGAUCUUCAUGAUCAUCUUCUUCCCGUGGUUCUUCUACCCUGACGCGCAUGCCGUCGCCUCCGACCCGCGUGUCUGCAACUACGCCUGGUGCACGACGAGGAGGACCGUGCCAAUCUGGCUGUACUGCUCGGCAUUCAUCGCCUGUUUCGGCACCGGAUUUCCGUUGUGCAUGACGGCAUUGAACACGCGGAUAUCGGAGAUAUUGGGACCCCGGAAACAGAGCUUCAUCCAGGGCGCGAUGGCGUUCACCGGCAGUUUGUCGCAGUUCGCCUGCCCGAUUCUCGUGACGUGGCUGUACGAGAAGGAUGGGUUCCGUCCGGUCUCGUUGCUGAACAUCAUCCUCCACACGAUCGGCAUCCUGAUCAUUGUACUUUUCUACCGUCGCCUGGUGCCGCUGGAGAUGAAGCCCGAGCUCGGGGAGGCCACAAACUUGAAGCGACCGGAGAAGGAGACCGACUGGCGGGCCAUCUACAUUGCCAGCUUCAUGUUAGUGAUGUGCGGGAUGAACAUGAGCAUCUUCUUCAUGGCCAUCUGGCCCUACACGGUGCUGGCCAACCCAACGUUCGGCUACUGGGGCCAGAAGACGAUGAAAGCCGCCCAACCUGUCGGAUUCGCGUUCGCGAUGGCGGCGAUUGGUAACCUCCUCUACGGUAUCCUCCCCGUGCUCCCCAUCUCGUGGUUCGUACCCGCAAUGUUGCUGGCUCGUUUCCUGGCUGGGAUUGGGGCGGGAACCCUUGGAGUGUUGCGCUCAUUUACCGCCACCGCCAGCGCGCCGAAAGACCGGCUGAAGGCGAUCUCGAUCUCGAGCUUCGGGCUGACCACCGGGUUGUCGAUUGGACCGGUGAUUACGCUGCUGUUCAUGCCAAUGGGCGUCGACGGGUGGGAGCUGUUCGGGCUCCCGUUCAACCAAUUUACCACCCCCGGAUAUUUCAUGUUCCUGCUCUGCAUCGCGUGUGUUGUCAUCUUGAACACGAUCUUCCGCGAGAACCACGUUGGAAUCAUCUCCGACGAGGAGAAAGCCGAAAACCCGUGGUUCGUCCUGCCGAAAUGGGAUCGAAUUUCGGUGGCCAUCCUCUUCUUCGUGUGGGCGUGCAUGGCCGGCGUGGGCGCUUGCGUAUAUUCAAUCUCCUCCCCGCUGACGAUGGUGAUGUACGGGUGGUCGUCAAACGAGGCUGUUGCCUACAAUUCCCUACUCCAAACCGGAAGUUGUGCCAUGUCGGCGGUUACCUACAUCAUGCUGGCGAAGACGCGAUACGGAAAACUCGAUCGCCGCUUCUUAAUCGGCAUGGGAUUGGGCACGUUCCUCAUCUACCUCUCGAUCAUCUACCCGUGGGGCUUCUACGAGGGCCCCCUCAAUUUCAUUGCCGCAAAUGAAACGACCGGUGGGUGCCCGCAGCACUAUCUGUGGUGCGCUGACUACACGAGAGUCCCAUUUUUACUGUAUUCCACUGGGUUUAUCUUGGCGCUCGGGAUCGGAUUUCCGACAAUAGUGGGACCGCUGAAUGCCUUGUUUUCUGAGGUGGUCGGGCCGAGGAAGCAGAGUUUCCUCCAGGGCCUGAUGACGUUCACGGGCAGCCUAUGCCAAUUCAUCGCUCCCCUCAUCAUCAUGCCCGCAUUCGAGGUGUCGGGAUUCCGUUGGGUGGCCAUGGGGACGUUUAUCCUCAUUUUAUGCGCCAUUGCCCUGCUGACACUUUUCCGCCACCGUAUGGUCCCUCUGAACAUGGACCCACCGCGUGGACUCGCCACAAAAUACAAGAGGGGCACCUUCUACAAAAUG